CUCGCAAUCUCAUACUCGCGAUCAGGCUGUCGACUCGGCGACAAUCCUUCCUUGUGCCAGUGCUUCAACCCCCGUCACGAAUCGCAGUUUGUAUUCUGUUCCCCGAGAGUAAACUUCUUCAAGUGAAACCUUGUCUCUCGCAACUCCCGGGAUGUAUCGAAGAAUCCUAGUGUUAAUUGUUAAUCUCGCGUUCGUGUUGACGGCUCGUGCAGAUAAGAAUGUAAGAUGCUAUGUGUGUACUUCAUUAACGCAUCCUAAUUGUGAAACAGAUCCUAAGGCACAUAACCUUGAACUUGUCGAAUGUACUUUAGACCAAAUGCUGGAUUGGAAACUGAGAAUUCAACAGCAUAAAGCUUUAACUUGGGCAGCUCCAAUUUUUGAGGUUGACGAUUUGGAUCAUCAACUUGUCGCUCCAAUGGCGUGUGCUAAAAUGAUUUUGAAAGAUAAAUAUCAAAACAUCACAAUGAGAAGUUGCCAAACAGCGAAGACUGAGACCGUUGACCCGUGCAAAUCGAUAAAUGCAAUGAUCCCUACAUUAACUACGGACGAUAAGAAGCUGGAAUUUUGUGAAUUAUGCACGGAGGAUGCUUGCAAUAGUUCGAUUACAAUUUCGCCAACAAUUUCCUUUACUUUGUUAUCCGCUCUUGGAGCUGUAAUUUUGGGCUGUUUUUAUAACAGCGCGUAACCUUUAUAUAUCAAAAUAUAGAGUUGAUUGCGAUCAGCCUUACAGGCGUUGCUCGUUAAUCGAUUCAUAGCGUAUUCUAAGACUUGAAAACACACACAUUAAGCAUAUAUAUAUAUUGUUCACUAAUAUUUCACAUCGUGCCACGAGUAUGUAUCAUACAAUGAAUAUUCGAAAAAAAGAAAAAAAAAUUAAAAAUUCAGCGUUGUUAGAUUAAUUUUUCACUAACGAAUAAAUUAUUUUUCUGUAUA